AUGGGUCCAGCCCCAGAGGAAGUGACCAUGGCUGUGCCUGAGCUGAUCAACUCCGCAGAGGUCUACCAGCUUUACCGUGGUGCCUCUGGUGAGGAGGGUGACCUCGUCACGGAGAAAUGCCACAUUUGGGCGGCUCAGCUUUUCAUUUUGAGCCACGUGGAUUUCCCGAGUUUGCGCGUGGCGGUGGCGGAGUUCGACAAGCCGGCGCAGCCUCUGAACUGCAUCUCCCUCCUGGAGAUCUCCUGGUGCCACUGCGAAGACGCCCAGGCGGUCAGCUUCAGCUGGGACACGGGGGACCUGCUAUUUCGCGUUUUGAAGGGGUACGGUGAAUAUCGACUCGCCCUGCAGAAGCUGUUGAAGAGUCGGGAUGAGGAGGGCCGCGGGCGACUGUACUUUAUCCAGCGCAGGCUCUUCCAGUACCUGUGGCGAUCCGCCCAGCUCGCCAUGUCCGAGGACCGCUUGGUGGAAGCCCAGGCGGUUUUGGCCUUCAACCUCAACCCCAAGGACGGCAUUGCCUAUGUCAAGAGAAAGCUGAAGAAGACCACAGAGGAUGAAAUCGGCGAGUGGCUGGGACAGGUUUGCACUGAGAAGGGCGGCCUCGAUCCCACAAUGCUAGGAGACUACUUUAGCAGAAGAGAUACUCUGCAGAUCUUCUGGAACUUUGUUCGCCGUAUUGACUUCUCGCAGAUGGAUAUCGUGGCAGCGCUGCGCCAGCUCUUUGACACCUUCAAGCCGGGCGGCGAGGGGCAGGUGAUUACACGGAUCCUCGAGUACUUCGCGGAAUCCUACUAUCAGCAGUGGGCCAAAGAUCCGGCAGCGAUGCAGCCAGUUUGCGCGUAUGCAAAUUCAGACACGGUGUUCCAGGUGGCCGUCAGCUUGAUCAUGCUGAACACCGGUUUGCACGUGGCCGCCAAGAAGCUGGGGAAGAAAGCGGCCAGCGCCAGCAUGAGCCUGGAGGAAUACAUUGCCAAUACGAGGCGUUUGGUCUCGGCAGAGGAGGUCCCAGACGAAGCCCUAAGGGCCUGGUUUGAGGAUAUCAGUUGUACAGAAAUCUCUGUGGAGCCAAUGCCGCGGACGCCUUUUUCGAAGCUGCCAGUGCAGCCGAACAUCGAGGGCUGGCUGGUUGCUGUAUUGAACGGCACCAUUCUGCGCUUUUGGGCGGUCUUGGUGCUGCAGCGUAUCUACCUCUUCUCGGACUCCGUCGGGGACGUGGACCCCGCGGACGUCAUCGACCUCAAAGACAUUGCGGUGGUGGCUCUCCAGGAUGAAGAAGCUGCUCGUAAGCGCUAUCUUGACCACCUGGCCGGCUCCCGCCGCUUUUGCUGCCGUAGAAGGGCGAAGCCAGCACCCUGGCUUUUGGCGGCAGCUGAAAGGUCCCUGGAAAUCUCUCAGCGCAACUCGGGGCCCCCGGCGAUCCUGCAGAAAUCCUGCAAAAGCCCGCCGCGGCGCCUGGUUCUGGUGGCAGAGUCAGCAGACCUCGCGGAGAAGUGGGUGCAUAUGAUCUCCUGUGGACCGUGA